AUGACCACCAGCUUCUCCUCCGUGCCCGUCAUUGACGUUGGGCACCUUACUUCUGAUGCAUCCGAACAGGAGCUAGCCAUGCUCAGCAAGCGUCUUCACGAUGUCUUCGCCACCACUGGGUUUGCCUACCUGACCAAUGCGCCCCUGAGCUACAACCAUGAGCAAGUACUAGACAUGUCGCGAGCGUUCUUUGCCCUUCCUGAGGAAGAGAAGAUGAAACCCGCCAAACGAUCCUUUAGAAGAGACCACAAGAACACAUAUAGAGGGUAUUUCCCCACGCAACCAGAGCUGGCAAACGACAAUUUAAAAGAAGGCUUCGAAAUCGGUCCAUCGCAGCCCAUCCAUACGCAGCCCACCACUUCUUCUAAAUUCAACUUAGCUGAAACGAACGUCUGGCCCGAUGCAACAAGCUUCCCCAUGCGAUCUGCUCUGGAGAAUCUAUAUUCUGAGCUACAAGCCCUGGCGUCUAAGCUAUUAUCUCUCUUGGCGAUAUCACUCGAUAAACCAUCGGAUUACUUUGCUCCAUACUUGGAUGAUUCCCUGAGCACCCUACGACUUCUUCAUUACCCUGCCAAUGCAUCAACUGCCUCGGGAUCUGGGACCUCUGGAACAGAGGUAAAACUAAGCUGUACACCACACACCGACAGCGGCAUCUUAACCCUUUUGCACCAAGAUUCCUCUGGCGGGUUAGAGGUGCGCAAUGCACAGGGUGAGUGGGUUUCCGCGCCUUAUAUACCUGGGUCUCUUGUAGUCAAUAUUGGAGAUUUGAUGGCUAAGGUUUCGGGCGGUCGGUUUGUUGCUACUAUGCAUCGUGUUCGGGCUCCCGGGCUAAGUGCCUCGGCUUCUGCAAUUGGACAGUUGAAUGGCCAACCUGCAUCGCUGGGCAGAGUCAGUGUGCCUUUCUUCUUUGAGCCAGGAGAGAACUGUUUGGUUAGGUCCGUUGAUGGGGAUGAGGGAUUUGUGGUUUAUGGGGAGCAUGUGAGGGCUAAGAUGAAGACCUGGGUGGAAUUUCAAGAUGAAGAGGAUCGGUAA